GGCGAGUUAAGAGACUGGGCAUGAACCCAGAGACGCGUGAGAAACACGUCACCGGCCUGAGCGAAGUGUACAGGGGAGUGAUAUGUACCGGAAGUAGCGCAGACACCGCUGAUGAACAGUAAAGGUCACGUGUGAGUUCAGCAGCCUUCGUCUCUCAUGGAACUACAUUAACCAGACUCCUCUGUGACGUCAAACUCUGAGUUGCUCUAAUGGCUGGUCACCUCCUCAAAGUCUCCUCUCUGGCCACAGCUGUUUUUGCCUCCUCCGGGUUUUACCUGUACCACAGACAGCUGAACCUCAAUGACCUGAGUGUCAUCCGCUUUGGACGAGCCGCAGCCACAACGGUGGUCAUCAGUUUCGACUAUCUGACUGCUUUCAAACAUGUUGAAUAUGGCACAGAGGAGUACUGGGCACUCAAGUCCAAGGUGCAUCUGCGAUCUGCGAAGCAUCUUCUAGACUUGUGCUGUGCCAACCGGGGUACUUUCAUCAAGGUGGGUCAGCACCUCGGUGCUCUGGACUACCUGCUGCCUGAGGAGUACACGUCCACGCUGAAGGUGCUCCACAGUGAAGCUCCUCAAAGCAGCAUAGAGGAGAUCCAGCAGGUCAUCAGAGAAGAACUCGGCAAGGAGAUGUCAGAGUUAUUUGUUUCCUUUGAGGAGAAGCCUCAGGGUGCAGCCUCUUUAGCCCAGGUCCACAAGGCAGUGCUGCAUGAUGGCAGGACAGUGGCCAUCAAGGUCCAACACCCAAAAGUCCAGAGACAGAGCUCCAGGGACAUAGUGAUGAUGGAGGUGAUGUUGAAGGCAGUCCAUUGGCUCUUCCCAAACUUUGCCUUCAUGUGGUUGGUGGAAGAGGCCAAGAAGAACAUGCCGCUAGAGCUGGACUUCCUUAAUGAGGGACACAAUGCUGAGAAAGUGGCCAAUAUGCUGGCCCACUUCUCUUUUCUCAAGGUUCCCAUGAUCCAUUGGGAUCUGUCCACAAAGAGGAUCCUGACCAUGGAGUUUGUUGAGGGGGGCCAGAUCAAUGAUAAGGAAUACAUGAAGAAACACAGCAUCAAUGUUAACGAGAUCUCAGAGAACCUGGGUAAGAUGUACAGUGAAAUGAUCUUCGUCCAUGGCUUUGUUCACUGUGACCCGCACCCGGGAAAUGUGUUGGUCCGGAGGUGUCCAGAGAGCAAGAAGACUGAGAUCACCCUGCUUGAUCACGGCCUUUAUCAGGUCCUUCAGCGAGACUUCAGGUUGGACUAUUGUCGGCUGUGGCAGGCUCUGAUAAAAGGUGACAUGUCUGGGGUGGAGCAUUACAGCCUCAGACUGGGAGCUGGAGAUCUGUACGCCCUAUUUGCCUGCGUGGUCACCUCUCGCUCCUGGACCGCCAUCAAUGCCGGCAUCAGCUCUGUACCUGUCACACGUUCUGAGGUCGUUGAGAUUCGGACCAAUGCAGCUCAAUACCUGCCCCAGAUCAGCGAGCUGUUAAAUCGAGUCCCCCGGCAGAUGCUACUGCUGCUGAAGACCAAUGACCUGCUGAGGGGCAUUGAGACCACCUUACAGACCAGAGCCUCCUCCUCGUCUUUCAUCAACAUGUCCCGCUGCUGCAUACGUGCCGUGGCCAGGCACAAGAGGAGCAAGGCUCAAUCCAGGAGGAGGCAUUUCCAGAUUACACUGGCAGAGUCUAUGGACCUGUGGAGGCUCACUAUGUAUGAACUGUUUCUGUGGGUGAGGGGCUCGGCGUUGGGACACUGGCUCACUGCUCAGCUGCCAUUUCUGCACUGAGACAUAUCUGGACGUCACACUGGGACAUUAACAACAUACUGGAAGUUAGGUUAUAAUAAACUGUUGAUCUGUUGAAUAUGUGCUCUUACACACAAACACACACACACAUACAUGACUUCCACUUAUCUUAAUGACACAGUUUGUUUCUAUGGAUACAUACAAGGACACCACAUGCUGAUGUUGGUCCACACCAGGGGACAAGUAUCUGUCCAGUCGUCAGUAUUGAGAUGAACUCUUUUUUUUAUUGUAUUUCUUUCACUAAAGAGAAAUACUUUGUAGUUUUCAUUUGAUUAUUGUCUGAUGAUAUUUCUCAUGAACUUGGAAUUUACUUGAACCGCUAUCUUACAUACAGUGUUGUGUAUGUGCAAAUGACCUUUAAUCUUUGUUACGAUGGUGCCAUGUUCAAAUUUCUAUUGUCUUAUUUAAUUUUGGUGGAGGACAUGGGGUGGAGGUGAACAGAAGAGAGAAGCCUAAACAUUAAAUAUCGACAAUCUUAAAUCAGUUUACCACUGAGCCCCAGCCACCCCGCCAGAGUCACAAAUACUUCCUGUCCUGAAGGGAAAUUUGUACAUUACAGUUGCCAUUAUAUAUGAGCAUGAAGAAAUAUUACAAAAUAUAUAGAAAUAGAUGACUAUAUAAAAUACAAUAUAAACUAGGGUCAUAAUGCUAAAAUAUAUACUACAACACAUGCAGAGAAUACAGGUAAAUAACAAAAACAGGUCACGUGACGCAAGAUCUCCAAGCAGACUGGGAUUCUGCAACCUAUAGGCCAGGAUAGAUUUGUAUUGUUCAUUCAGAAUGUUUGAAUGGGUGGGCAGAGCCAGGUGACGUGAAAUGUCAUCAGUCAUAUUUAAUGUGGGCUACACUGUGCAGGUGUUGUGAGUCCCAUUUUGUGUGGUUUAUAUCAGGUGAGGUGAAUUAUGUGCAUUUGUACUGAACAAAUUGCAGUUACGAGUUAUUGAGAAGAUGUUAUUGCAGAUGUUCUUCCAGGAGUUUAUAUCAAAGGCAAAAAUAAGAUAUUUUUCCUGAUCAUGAACUGGUAGAUUUUUGUUUGUUGUUAUUAGUUUGUAGCUUUUCAAAGUGUUUUUGGGUUUACCUUUUUUUUUUUGGUGUGAACAAUUCUGUCUCAUUCUUUGCAUGAUGAAUUGAAUACAUUGAUGUAAAAUAUUCUCAAGCUAAAACUUUCUGUAUCUGGUUUCAGGUUAUUACUCCCAAUAUUGGGAGUUCAGAUGUUCAUACAUGCUUGUGUUCCCAAAGUACUAAUGGUGAUAUUUCGUUCAAUUCAGUGAAUGAUGGCUGUCAACUCUCUAGAAAGGAAAUUGUUAAAAUCUUUGGUUUGAAAUAUAUGACUUUGGUAGAUUUGGGUGAACUUAAAGCAUCUUGUAAAUUAUAUUGGCUGUAGGUAAACAUGUGGCAGAAAAAGUAAAACAACCAAACUGCUAUUGACAGUACUAAAACUCCUUUCGUUCAUGGUUAAUCAUUUAUGAAAAUUGCUGUUUUGCAUUGAACUGGUCAUGGCAGGAAAAGCAUGGAUGUAAACAAUAACAUUAAUGA